UUUUCCCUAAUUCACAGUUCAGGACCUCGCACUACAUUCAAAGACCUAGAAUGCCUCAUCACGCACAUCCACCAGCGUUGUUAGACAGAUACACUCUUGAAGAUGUUUUGAAGGACAAACCAGCCGAAAAGCUGGUGCAAGUACACGCCGACGCCAGUGCACUGGACGCUUUGACCUUGAUGAAAAAUCAUCAUAUUUUGGCUGUACCUGUUUAUGGAGAAAAGGGUCGGUGGUUAGGGGCCGGAGGAACGGAGGCUUUCGCUGGCUCGCGGCAAUACAUUGGUGUCGUCAGCAUUCUGGAUAUUGUAGAUUUCAUUACAACCCUUCUUCCCGAUGACUUGGGGGCUCCACUUCCGUCUCAUGCGACAACGGGUCCGCAUCCAGACCUCUCUCACAUUCGCGUGAUGGAUCUCAUUGGUGAAACCCUCGAGAGUCGUUCUCUUUGGGUCGCACGUCCGGAUGUCCCUUUGCGGCGGUCGGUGGAACCUAUGGGACGAGGCGUGCACCGGUUACUUGUGCCGACGCGACCCGAUAGUGCCGAUGCCGCACUAGGAGCACAUGGUCCAGCUUCCAUUGCACUUGAAGCUGGUCCAGAUACAAUGUCGAAUGAGUUUAGAAUCGUCACACAGACGGACGUAAUUCGAUUCCUGCUGCAUCGGUUGAAUGAAGACCCAGAGUUAGCAAAGAUCUGCUCAGCAAGCUUGGAGCGUCUUGGGCUGGCGGACCAGUCAAACUCUGUCAUUAUAACAGCCGACAUAUCUGCCCCUCUUUCUACCAUUAUCAAGCAAAUGACGCUGCACAACUUGAAUGCUAUUCCCGUCACCAACUCUCAUCUCAACGGCACAGUGGUCGCGACACUUUCCGUAUCUGAUCUCCGUCCAUUUCUCAUAUCCGAAACAGAUCUUGUCGAUAUUGUUAGAGAUUUAAGACGACUGACUGUAGGAGAAUUUUUAAGAAGGGUCAAGGGAGACUGGUCUGGGGAAGUUGGUGGUGAGAAGACUGGUGUGAAAUGCAGAGCGGAAGCAUCGCUACGAAGCGUGAUGGAAUUAGGCGUUGAAAAGGCUGUGCACAGAGUGUGGGUUGUGGACAGGGAGGGGGUUCCUAUCGGUGUUGUGACAUUUACGGAUGUGAUCAGAUUGGUAGAAGCUGAGGUUUUGGCGAGAAGUUGAAGAGCGGGGAUCCAUUUUGCUUAUGUAACAACCUUUCAAGUGAAUAAAUGCAUUUAACCCGA